GUUUUUGGUUCGUUGUUUUUUUUUAUACUUUUUUAUUUGCUUGCAUUUUACGCACCUUAACGAAGUAUGAAGUCCAAAAUGGCUCUUGGCACUGUUUCAAAUAGGCUGUCAGCACUUCAGAGGCUCGUGGUUUCAGCAAAACGCGCCUUGCCGUCGCUGGGACGCCAACAUUCGCACUAUGCAAUCGAAAAGGAAUAUUUUGAUAUGAUGCCCGUUUAUAAUGAAAAGCUCUUGGAUUAUAAAUCUGGUUCAGAGGAACGCAAACAAGUAAAGCUGGCGCUGGCUCAAAUUCUUAAUCGCAUUGAGCCGGUACCCAUAGUAAUAGACGAUGUGGAAAUGUAUCAAGAGUGCGACAAGGUACAAAUACUGCCCUACAAUAGAGAUCACUACAUAGCACGCUAUAGCUAUGCAAGUGCUGCCACAAUCGAAGAUGCCAUUGAUUUGGCUGCCCAUGCACAAAUUGAAUGGAACAAAGUGAAGCUGAGCAAACGCAUCGCCAUUUGGGAAAAGGCAGCGGAUUUAAUCGCUGGCAAGUAUCGAUUCAAGAUUGUGGCUGCCAUAAUGUUGGGUCAGGGCAAAACAUUAAUGCAGGCGGACAUGGACGUCGCCGAACUUGUUGAUGUGCUGCGCAUUAAUCCGAUUUAUCUGCGCGACUUGGCCAACUAUGAGCCCGCUAAUCUUAAUCCGGAUGUGUGUCGCAAUCAAAUGGUCUUGCGUGGCCUCAACGGUUUUGUGGCCGCCAUCACGCCCUUUAACUACACCAGCAUUGCAGCCAAUUUGGCCUACACUCCAGCUCUGAUGGGCAACGCAGUGCUGUGGAAGCCAUCGGAUUCAGCACUGCUGUCCAACUGGUAUGUGUUCCAGGCAAUGCGUGAGGCAGGUGUGUCCGAUGGCGUGGUGAACUUUGUACCUGCCAGGCCAACAACAUUCUCCAAAGUGGUGACGCGCAGUUCCAAGCUGGCGGGGAUUCACUUCACGGGCACAUCGAGUGUGCUGAAGAUACUGUGGCGCAUGGUGGCCGAUAAGAUUGACAUCUAUGAUCAUUAUCCUCGGCUCGCCUGCGAAUGUGGUGGCAAAAACUUUCAUUUUGUUCACACCUCCGCCGAUCCCAAUGACGUCAUCGCAUGCACCAUUCGAGCAGCCUUUGAGUAUGCUGGACAAAAGUGCUCCUCCUGCUCCAUGUUGUAUGUGCCCAAGUCGAUGUGGGAGUCGCGCAUUAAGCAGCCACUGCUCCACAUCACACAACAGCUGUUUGUAAGCGAAGCAACCUAUUGUGAUUGCUUCUUUUCGGCUGUGAUCAAUCAGGCGGCCUUCGAUCGCAUCUUCACCUACCUCAGGUACAUACACAACGAUCCCAAGUGUGAACUGCUCAUCGGAGGCAAGGGCAGCAAGACCAAAGGCUAUUACAUAGAUCCCACAAUAGUGCAGGUGCAUGACCUGGACAAUUUCCUCUGCAAGGAUGAGCUAAUGGCGCCCAUACUCUGUGUGUAUGUCUACGAGGACAACCAAGUGGAACAGACCAUGGAGAAGGUGGCGCAGAUCAAUCAUGGUCUCACUGCUUCGGUAUUUGCCACAGACAGCAAGUUCAUCAAGCAGGCCUGCGAUGCCUUCAGAUGCAAUGUGGGCACCUUGAACAUCAACGACAAGUGCACCGGCUCCAAGGUGGGUCAGCAGCCAUUUGGCGGCGGCGCCAUCUCUGGAACCAAUGAGAAGAUGGGCAGUCCUCAGUAUUUGUUGCGCUGGACAUCGCCGCAAAUUUUGAAGGAAUCCCUCGUGCCGCAUACGAAUAUUUACUAUCCCUACAUGGAGUUAGGCUCGAAUGAGUUGAAGAGAGCCACGCUCGAGUCACGAGAGACAUCUACGAAAGUUGAGCAUUAAAUUCUUUAUAAUAACUUAUGUGGCUUCAAAAUUAAAAGUGUU